GAUGGUAGAAAAUUCAUAAAUAACGCUGAUUCCGGAAAAUAUGAUUAUGUGUUGCAUGAUGUGUUUACAGGAGGAUCGGUGCCUUCGGCGUUAUUUUCAGUAGAAGCGUUGGAACAGAUUAAGAGGGUGAUGAAGGAAGGUGGCAUAUUGGCUUUAAACUUUGUUGGAUCAGAGAGAUGGCCACAAGCCGAAAGUUUGGCAUUAGUAACGAACACCAUAAGAUCCGUAUUUCCGUACAUUAAAUGUUUUAAAGAAGGGACACAAGAAGAAGGAUCAUUUCAAAAUAUGGUUUUCUUUGCUUCCACACGCGAAUUGAAGUUUCGACCUCCUGUUGAAGCCGACUUUCUGAAUAGCGACAUGCGAAGAUUCAUGUUGGGGAAUUUCAUGGAAUGGCCAGUGAAUUUGAAGAAAUAUCGGAAUGAUACUGGAAUGAUAACAGAAGCGA